CCACAAUUCCAUUCAAACUGGAAGUUGUAUGUUGGCGCUAAUAAGUUGGGCCACGCAUACCGGAAGUGAGACGCAGAAAACAGCAGAAGUUUUGGGCGCGCGCACAUCUUCCUCUGCGGUUCCGUGUCAUUCUUUGGUUUCUUUUGGACAGUUGUAUUUUAUUUAGAUCUUCAGUAUGAGUCUGCAGUGGACGGCUGUGGCGACUUUCCUGUACGCCGAGGUGUUUUUUGUCCUGCUUCUCUGCGUGCCCUUCAUCUCCCCCAAACGUUGGCACAAAAUAUUCAAAUCCCGCCUGGUGGGUGCCAUCACGACAUAUGGGAACACAGCCUUCAUCGUGAUCAUCUGUAUCCUUGUCUUUCUUCUGGUUGAUGCGUUCAGAGAAGUACGGAAGUACAGCGUGACUGAUAAGGUGGAUCUCUCAAACAACCCUGUGGCCAUCGAGCACAUCCACAUGAAGCUGUUUAGAGCGCAGAGGAAUGAGUACAUUGCUGGUUUCGCCCUGCUGCUCUGCCUGUUGCUGCGACGUCUGGCUAGCCUUCUUUCCCAGCAGGCCACGCUCAUGGCUUCCAACCAGGCCUUCCAGAAACAAGCAGAGGGGGCGAGUGACGCUGCCCGGAAAUACAUGGAGGAGAACGAGAAGCUUCAGGAGAAACUGAAGGAUGCGGGAUUGGAGAUCCCGGAGGUGGGAGGCAAGGCUAAGAGCAGUGCAGAGGAGGAGAGCAAGGCCCUGAAGGAGGAAGUCAGGAGGCUGAAGGAUGAGCUUGAAGCCAGCAAGCAAGCUUUACAGAAGUCAGACGGUGAUGUGAAGGCGAUGAAAAAGCAGGCGGAGAAUCUGACAGUGGAGUACGAUCGCCUGCUGGAGGAGCAUUCUAAGUUGCAGGCACUGUUCGACUCCCAGCAUGAUAAGAAGUCGGACUGAUGGAGUUUACCCCAUGUACCUGUCUGCCUCACCUCUUCCUCCCUAAAGCUCGGUCCACGCAUCACUUCCUGUUGCUGGAUUGUAUCGUACAGGAUGUGGGAGAUCCCGUCCUGUAUGCUUUACAUCUGAUUACGCUGCGUUCCGUGUGUCACGUAUCCCGUUGUCUCUUCUGUCUUUGUUCUCCAAUAUUUUUCUUUGUAUGUAAAACAGUUACAGAUGCUUUUCUCUCCUGAAUGUGAAUGUUUGUUUUGUUUUUUUUCCCCUUUCUAAAUCUUCAUAUUUUUGAGUGAGUGUGUGUGGGGAAGGGGUUGGGGAGGUUGAACUGUUUCUCAUAAUGUUUAAUAUUUUACUAGAUGGAAUAAGAAAUUCUUGUGGAUUAUUAUGUGGAUAAUCCUGUUUAGAUGGUAAAAUUAUGUAAUUAUUUGAUUGUUUGGCGAGAAAUAUUUUCCAGUUAUGUGAAAUUGUUUUAAGGUUUUCUCUCGUAGUUAUUUUUGCCUUAAAAGGAGAAAGUUGAACGAGUCCCAGUGUUGUAACUAAACGGCGGCGAGUAUGCGGGUUUCGGUGUUUGGUUUAGGCGGCGUUUACACUAUACGCUUUCACUAAGCAACUAAAAGACUUUCUCUCAGUUUACUUUCACUUGUUCCACCGUCAUAUUCUUUUUUUUUUUUUUUUUUUCUUUCCUUCUCUCCCCCUUCUCUUUCGUUUCUCCUUCAUCCUCCUCAAGCCUUCACUGAAUAGACAGGAGCAAACAGUGGACUAGUUUAUUCCAGUCCACGCUGGAUUCAGUUGCCGCUGUUUGUGAAGCACUCAGAGCAGCGACAGAGGCGACUCGGAUCGCAUUUCCAAACAUCGCCGCGUCUGUCGAGGUUUCUCAAACAGCAUAAACUGCUAGAGAAACAGAACGUUUAGCGUCAUCCUCUUAUAGCCUCCCUGCUUCACUUUCCCUGCUGACUUCUUACAAUUUACAGACGCAGCUCAAUAACCGUUGUCUGGCUAGAUGGAAAAAUAAAAAAUAAAAAGUUCAGCAUGCCACUGCAUCGCCACAGCUUUCAUUCAGAGCGUGGGGUCGAGGUUUAGUAAUGGAAGACUCUCUCACCCAAAAUAUGCCUCUCUUUUCCUGGGUUAAGAAUCCUUUGCAUUGGCUCCAACAUCUUGACACUACUCUUGAUGUACAUCUGACAGGAUCACAAAGGAUUAUGGGAAUAUGUUUUGUGGGAUAUGUAAAGGUUAAAGAGUUCAUAGCUGUGUCUCAUGAACUCCGUUAAGCAUACAAGGAAUUGAAUCUCCUCCAUGACCACAGAUCACAGUUCAGUUUCUUCUAAGAAUGGCUGCGGGUGAAACAUUAACCUCACUGUGCCAGGCACUUAAUGUCCAUGCUAUAUUUGAGGCUGGUUAUUGUCACUUGUCACUCUCUGGCUUCUAGGUUUCUAUGGUGACAUUUUGGAUUUUAAUUGUUUGUGUUCAUUUGAUGAAUGACUUCUCGCUGAUGUCUGUAAAUUAGCUAAGGAGUAAAUAGUCAUCCACACCAGUUUAAUUCCAGUGCUUUGUUUUGUUUUGUUUCUGCAUUUUAUGAAAUGUAGCACUAGGAUGUUUUAGACUUUUUGUGACGUGAAGUCGUGCAUCUCAAAUUAUCUGGCUGAUUUAGCAGCACAUGGUUAGAUUGUGAUGUUCCGAUUUCCCAGCAUGCCACGUUUUGUCUGUAUCCCCAGUUCACAUUUGGCACAGUGCUUCCACCAAAGUUGAUAAAAUGCAUCUAAUAAAGUCUUGAUCAAGAA